AUGCCGGACUAUCUGGGAGCUGACCAGCGCAAGACCAAGGAGGAGGAGGAGAAGGAAGACAAACCCAUCCGGUGUAAGUGGGACCGAAAAGUGUUUUCCAUUGGGGCCUACAGCUGUCUCUAAUGGACGGGUUUAGAACUCGGCCCAGAAUGUCCAGCCUGGCACCCCCCCCAGUGAGCAGAGACUUUAGUAUUGUCUUUGUUUUUUUUUUUUUUAUAAACCUAUUUUGCUUUUUAUUUAGAAGCCUGAUAAAUAAUGCAGAUGCAUACCAUGUUAUCAUAUGCACAUAGAGCCUAAUGCUGAAGUAAGCAGGGGACCCUGAUGAAGACCCCCCUCCCAGCAGCUUUGAUGUAAACAAUAAGAUAGAGCAGGGAAGGAUGCUCAGUAGGUGCCUUGUCAACUGCCAAGGCUGUUUAUGGGCUGCUGUUAGCACUAAUGUGGGUUAUGUACACCUUCAACAUCAGCUGUCAGGUUACAUAGUAUAUGUAGACAUAAAAUCCUGAACACGAAUUAGCAAAAACAGGGCGCCACAAUCACCAAGUAAAACUUUGUCUGGAUUGUGGCGCCCUGUUUUUCUGAUUCGUGUUCAGGAUUUUGUGGCUUUUUUGUAUGGAGGUUUUGGAGUGACCUCAUGACAGUGGCUUGCCUGCACUAGUUUAUUUCACCACCUACCCUUUUUUACGUUUUGGUCUAUAUGUAGACAUAAAAGAGACUCAAAUCGAGCCACUUCUUGCUGUUGAUCCGACAUAAUCUGAAAACCCCAAUUUAAAUAAUUUUAGAAUGUUGCCACACAAUGGGACAAAAUUCCUUCCUGGCGUUAAAGUGGAAAAUAAAAUAUUAUAUUUGCAUAAAACGCCAUGUAUCUGCAAAGCCAAAUGUUCUUUUUGCAAUGCUCAGGUGGCAUUUAAAAAACAAACAAACAAAAAAAACACCAUAACAAUUGCUCCCAAACCUGUGUUGGUGAUAUUUUGUUAAAUUAUUUUUUUCCUUUUUUUUUUUUUUACAGCACUCGAUGAAGGAGACAUAGCAUUGUUAAAAACCUAUGUAAGUCAAAGUGUUUUAUCCUGUAAAAUAAUUGAUUUCAUAUUUGUUCAAUUUGAAUAGAAAGCGGUAUUCUUAAGCCAUAUUGGCCUUUACUGAUUGUGUAUAAAUAGUGUUUUGUAUUUCCCCCAUUUAUUAUAGUGGCUAGCAAAGUACACUGACUGAUCUAUUUUCCAUUUUAUCAUAUCAUUGAAUAAUUCUUACUCUUCAGAGAUUUGUCCAAAUCCCAAGCUAAUAUCCCCUAUAACAUAAUUGGUUUCAUGGUCUGAGUUCUGUUUCUUCUUUAUCAUAUAUAGUACAUAUGUUCAAAAGUUAUAUAAUUGUUCCACUUUGCAGAUAAAAAAAAACUAUUUGCAUUUAGAAUUCAAUAAAACAAUUGCUUGAUGCCUUUUACAGGGACAGAGUACAUAUUCUCGUCAGAUUAAGCAGGUAGAAGAUGAUAUCCAGCAGCUUCUUAAAAAAAUCAAUGAGCUUACAGGUAUGUAUUCUUUGUUUUAUUUAGUUUAAAACUUUUGAUUCUAAGAAGUGUCUAUUCCGUGUUUCCCCUACCUAAAUUGUCCUAUUAUAUUUAAAUAAUUUAUUUCUCAUCAUCAUAUUUUGGUUUUCUAUUGCCGUAAUAUUUGUUUCUGUUUUUACUUGGUUAGCCCAAAACCAAUUUAUGUUUAACAAAAAAAAAGGUUAUUUAAUGUGGGAGAGGCUGAUUUCAUGCCAUCAAAAAUAUGAGCAAUGUGUCUGUAAAAGCUGUUACUUUUACAUAGUAUAUACUGAACCAACCAAGAAGCCUGUUGGAGUAGUGUACUAUUUACACAUAUAAAUGUACAAUUCUAAUUUUCAGGGAUUAAGGAAUCUGAUACAGGGCUUGCUCCUCCAGCCCUGUGGGAUUUGGCUGCUGACAAACAGACUCUCCAGAGUGAACAACCACUUCAAGUGGCCAGGUAAAAUCUUCAUAAAAUGGGUGUUUUGGAGAAUUCUUGCAUAAUAAUCAGCUCCAGGGUGUCACACAUUUUUAUGAUGUAGAAUUAUAAAGCAGUCUGCAGUUAAUAUCUUCAGAUCUGAAUGCCUUGCAUAGUUUGCAGGAGUGUGUGUGUAGACGUUGGUUAGGUGGCCUUUGAAUGUAUGACAAUAGAUAAAGAUGUUAAUAAUAAUAAUUUUUUUUUUUUUUUUUUUUAAAGCACUAUAAUUGCACAGCACAUAUGAAGCCUACUCUAUAAUUAUUCAUAGGAAAUAACAAGCAAUUUAAAUCUUUUUUGAGUAGAUUGUGUUAGCCGUUUCUUAUGUGUAUGUUUAUUAUUUAUUUGUUUUGUUUAGAUGUACAAAAAUAAUCAAUGCUGACUCAGAGGAUCCAAAAUACAUUAUCAAUGUCAAACAGUUUGCCAAAUUUGUGGUUGACCUCAGUGAUCAAGUUGCUCCUACUGACAUAGAAGAAGGCAUGAGAGUUGGGUAAUUAUUACAUCACAUUUUUAUGUUAAACCAGCCCCUUUACUUAUGUGUCAGUCUGUUUGCAGAAAUUUCACUUGCCCAAUUAUGUGACAUGAAAUAUUACUUGUUUAAAUGAUACAGGAUUGAAAAUUAUUGCGCUGUUCUUUAUCAAUUAAAGGGUAAACAAUCUGUCUCUGAACACUGAUAAAUAUAUAUAUUCCUUUUUCCUGCAGUGUGGACAGAAACAAGUACCAGAUCCAUAUACCUUUGCCUCCCAAAAUUGAUCCAACUGUAACUAUGAUGCAGGUAACUGAAAUCUUAAAGUUAUUGUUUAUUUAUUGAAAUUACGUGUAUAGCAUUUUUUCCCUUGGUCCAAAACAAGUCUUAUUUUUUUUUCAUUUUUGAUUCACCUUGGGACAAUAGCAUUUGGUUCCAUAAGAUUGGGUGGUGAUUUUAACCUAUUUGUACUGUUUUGCAUUGGCUUGGUGUUUUAAUUUAUGGUGGGAGCGAGGGUUGAGACAUUUUACAGCCAUAAUAAAAAGGGUAUAUUUAUUUACGAGAGAUGGACAGACCUUACAUUCUAAUAAACAGUGUCUGCAUUCAUGUACAGGUAGAAGAGAAACCUGAUGUGACUUACAGUGAUGUCGGAGGUUGUAAGGAGCAAAUUGAAAAGCUAAGGGAAGUGGUUGAAACACCCCUUCUUCAUGUAAGUAAAUGCAUGUAUAUGCUGCACUUGAUUUUGUCUGAGAUGUGAACAAGCAGAGUGCUAUUUUGAACUCUUCUAUUACUAAGUAUUCACCACAGAAUUUAGAAGGCAGAGUGUUAUAAUAUCAUAUAGAUGUUUCAAUUCUUUAAAGAUGCAUACUAUAUAGAACUGUGUAUAAUCUGUUCACUAUCAUAAAUGUAGCAACUUGUGAACUAAGAUCACAUCUAAAACAAUUCCUAACUUGGCCUGGGAAAUAAACAGCAGAGGUAGAUUACAAACUAAUGUAUUUCCUAAGAAAAACAUAAUUGAUAACACACUCUGUUAUUUUUAUUGAGUUGUGGACAUUGCAAAAGAAACAAGUACCAUUGCAUACACAUAACACAUCUGUUUUUGCUUCCUGUAGUGUAUAGACAAACAUGUGUUAUUUGAUAAAGAUAUAUCUUAAAAUGUCUAUUGGACACAUGUCAUGUAUGAAUGGAUUUCCUGUUUGUUUUGUAACCAUGUGGCCUCAUUUUCAUUUGUAGCCAGAGCGAUUUGUCAAUCUUGGUAUUGAGCCUCCAAAAGGAGUUUUGUUAUUUGGUCCCCCAGGAACAGGCAAAACACUGUGUGCACGUGCAGUAGCUAACAGGACUGAUGCCUGCUUCAUCAGAGUCAUUGGGUCAGAACUGGUCCAGAAAUAUGUUGGAGAGGUAAGAACUUUUUAUUUAUAUUGUCAUAACACAAUACAAAACACCUCCCUGUUUAGUGGAUAUAGCCAGGAGCUACUUAUUUUUAUUUAGAACUAGUAAAAGUAAGUUUUGUUUUUUUGCUUCUAGUUACAUUAAAAAUAUCCACCCACUUCAGCAUGAGAGCAGGGAAGUUAUAUCAUUUUCUAAUAACACACAGAGCAUGUCUCUAUUAGGGUUGUGCAUGGGUAAAAUUUUUGUUUUGUUAAUUUUAAAAUUUUGGUUUGUCUAAAAUUCUAAAAAUAUUGAUUCAAGCAAAUGUUAAUUUCCAGAAUUCAGAGAAUGGCUUUUCUGAAUUUUUCUCUGAGCUGUUUUAGUACAUGACUCCACAAUUUGGUAUCCAUACAUGGAAUUGCCAUAAUUAAAGGGUAUCAACUUAAGGACAUGUCUACUAAACAACUGGGAGAGCAAUGAAGGGUAUUUUUUUUUUGCAUUUUCAUUUGUUAGGUAGAUAACUCCCUAAUACGCUGUUAUUAAAACUAAUUGGAAAUAAUUUGUUUUCGACUUUAGUUCCGAAUUAUCUAGUUUUGUUUUCCAUUGAUUGGAAGUUUCAGAAUUACCGUGUUUGGCCAACAUUCAAUUUGAAAAGUAACAAAUUGCACGUUCUAGCCUCUAUAUAUCUGUGCUAGAUUAUGUUUUCGUUUUGCAUUUUUCCCGGAAGCUGUAUUAAACCUCAUGCAUGUCCUUUGUAGAACUGCAAACUUCAUUAGGAUCUUUAUUUACACGAAGCGCAGCACACUAUGGAGCAUAUUCUCUAGAAUAUAUGUAUUCUAAUUUGUUUUCCCUGUAGCAGUCAAAGAGGAAUAUUAAAACUAGUUCAUGUCAAUUGUAGAAUCGCAUGCUUUACCAUUCUUUUAACUUAAUUCCUGCAAACAUGUUUUAAGUCAUUCCAGUGUUAACCUGAAUACUACACAAAAGUGUAAAUCACUUUGUCUGCUGGUAUCUAACACCGUGUGGUUAUCCUUUCAGGGAGCACGCAUGGUGCGUGAGCUGUUUGAGAUGGCUAGGACAAAGAAAGCAUGUCUUAUUUUCUUUGAUGAAAUUGAUGCAAUUGGAGGUAUGUGAUCUCUAGUUGAUUAUCCCUUUUUUUACAACUUUGGUGUAUGUAAAAUAGAAAUGUUCUGAAUCCUCUCUCCAAUUUUUGCACAAACAUAGAUUUAUACCUAAGUCUGCUUUGAUCUGGAAUUUCCUUGUAUAGCUUCACAUUUUGAACAUCAUAAAAAUAAGUAUCUUGAUUGUUUCCUGUCAAGGGAAACCUUACAUCAUUGCAUAUGUAGGUAGCUCACACUUGCAUGCCACUUCUCUCCUGUGGGUUUACCAGGGUCAGUUUGCAUCAGAUGAUGAUGUGGGUUCUGUCAACAAUAGGUUUAAACUGGAAAGUCCUCUGGCAGUUUUCCAGACUGUUUUCUAGACUGGUUUAUAAAGGGUUAUUGUAAACUUCUGGGAUAUUGCGCUUGCAAUGCAGUGCACUGGGUGCAAGGGAAGUUGUUUUUGUGGCUACCACCAAAACCAUUUGCUGGAUCCUGUUCUGGUACUUUGAUCUGGCGUGAGCCCAUGUGUGUGCUGUACUCUUAAGCACUUGCAAGAGUACUACACUGUUUAAGAAGAAUCCCACAAGAUCGAGAGUCGCCAUAGACCAUGCCUUUUUUUCUUUUUCUGGGGGAUAUGACAAAACUUAAAAGGGAUAGCUCUGCCUUUUCUAUUAUCAUGUUGGGGGGGAAAAAUGUAUGAAAAAAAUAUUGCUUACUUUGUCUUGUGAUAUAUUUUGACUGAACUGGAAUUUCGGUGAAAUUCCAACACAGUCAAUGUGCGUAUUUCAUAAAGAUCUUAUCUUUCGGAAAUACUUAUUUGUUGCGGGAUGAAGGGGUUACAGAGCCGCUUUAAUUUAAAUCUCUUUUUUUGUAUUAGUACGGUUUGCCCCAAAUGCAAGUAAUGCUCUUUAUUUAAGUGAAGGGAAAAAACACAAAUUAUCCAUUUAAGUAAUUGUAAAAUCUGUCCAGAGUUUGAUAGAAUAUAUUGCUCAAGUUUAUAUUUGUCCUCCUGGAAACAUGGCUUGUUGGUAUUCAUAUAGAACUAGAGUUCACCAGUGUUUGAACAUUUUGCUUUUUUAUCCAAAUAAUACUGCUUUUUACCAUCUCUGCAUGUGCUUACAAGUCCUGUUAAUUUGUCAAAAUGACUAUCAGAUGGAUCACAUUGAACAUUUAGAUGAGUCUUAAAACUUGCACUAUUGGUGUGCAAACUGGUGGCUGACUUAAAGAAAAAAAAAGUUUAUAGUUUGCAUUUAAAAAAAAAAAAAAAAAAAAAGUUGUGUUGUGUUUGUAUUAAAUAUAAAGAAAAUAUUAUUUAAAAAAGCAUGUGACUUUUUUCUUUGUCUAGCUUAAGUAGAAAAAUAAUCAUCUCAACUCUCUUAAUAGGAGCUCGUUUUGAUGAUGGAGCUGGCGGUGAUAAUGAAGUCCAGCGCACAAUGCUGGAAUUGAUCAAUCAGUUAGAUGGCUUUGAUCCCAGAGGAAAUAUCAAAGUACUAAUGGCUACCAAUAGACCAGACACUUUAGAUCCUGCACUGAUGAGGCCUGGGAGACUGGACAGAAAAAUUGAGUUCAGUUUACCCGAUCUUGAGGUAAAAUUACUUUUAAAUAUGUCACAAUUAUAGCUCUCUCUAUGUAAAACAUAUUUUUAGGUGUCAUAAGAUGUUCUGAUUAUUAUUAAUGAAAUGGUAUUGCUUCCUACUGUUUUUGUUUUGCAGGGACGUACACAUAUAUUCAAAAUUCAUGCUCGUUCUAUGAGCGUUGAAAGAGAUAUAAGAUUUGAACUACUGGCCCGACUGUGUCCAAAUAGCACAGGUAUUGUAUUCAAAUUUGUUUAUAAAAGUGUUUUGCUAACUGAUUUAAUGUUCAUGAAUAAGAAGCAUAUAUAUUUAAUGUACUUUAUUUGAAAGAAGAAUGUCAUUCACGUUUAGUUUUAUGAAUUACUUGAGUGUUCAGUGCUUUUGGAUAUCAGAAUUGAACACUCCAAGCACCAUAACCACUGUAGUGGCACCAUAACCACUGUAGUGGUUAUGGUGCCAGCAUGGUGUAGAGCUGCACUACAGUAAGUCAAUGUUUUAGUACGGUUUGGAAAUGUAUCUGUGCCACCUGGGUGUCCAUGUCACAAACCUUCUUCUGCAGGAGCAAAAUAAUCUCUGUAGAAUAAAGCUCAACUGUUUCAGGGCUCUUCUCAGCCAAUGUAGCAUUCUGUUAUUCUCCAUAUCAAUUGUUUUACUGUGGCAAACUAACUUUAUCUCUCUUCCUGUGUAGGUGCUGAAAUUCGCAGUGUGUGCACAGAGGCAGGGAUGUUUGCUAUCCGAGCCCGUCGCAAAGUUGCAACAGAGAAAGAUUUCUUAGAAGCUGUUAAUAAGGUCAUCAAGUCAUAUGCAAAAUUCAGUGCUACUCCAAGAUAUAUGACCUACAAUUAA